AUCACCAGUUUCUUCAUCAUUUUAGGUUUGUUUUUGUAGGUCAUUUUCUUCACUUGUGUUUCCCACUUAGAGAAUUUCCUUUAGUCUUUUUUGUAGAGAUGGUUUUGUGGUGCUGAAUUCUCUUAGCUUUUGUUUAUCUGUAAAGCUUUUGAUUUCUCCAUUGAAUCUGAAUGAGAUCCUUGCUGGGUAGAGUAAUCUUGGUUGUAGCUCUUCCCUUUCAUCACUUUAAGUAUGUCAUGCCCCUCCCUUCUGGCUUGUACAGUUUCUGCUGAGAAAUCAGCUGUUAACCUUAUGGGAGUUCCCUUGUAUGUUAUUUGUUGUUUUUCCCUUGUUGCUUUCAAUAAUUUUUCUUUGUCUUUAAUUUUUUCCAAUUUGAUUACUAUGUGUCUUGGCAUGUUUCUCCUUGGGUUUAUCCUGUAUGGGACUCUCUGUGCUUCCUGGACUUGGGUGGCUAUUUCCUUUCCCAUGUUAGGGAAGUUUUUGACUCUAAUCUCUUCAAAUAUUUUCUCAUGUCCUUCCUCUCUCUCUUCUCCUACUGGGACCCCUAUAAUGAGAAAGUUGUUGCGUUUAAUGUUGUCCCAGAGGUCUCUUAGGCUGUCUUCAUUUCUUUCCAUUCUUUUUUCUUUAUUCUGUUCUGCAGCAGUGAGUUCCACCAUUCUGUCUUCCAGGUCACUUAUCCAUUCUUCUGCCUAAGUUAUUCUGCUAUUGAUUCCCUCUAGUGUAUUUUUCAUUUGAAUUAUUGUAUUGUUCAUCUCUGCUUGUUUGUUCUUUAAUUCUUCUAGGCCUUUGUUAAACUUUUCUUGCAUUUUCUUGAUCUUUGCCUCCAUUCUUUUUCCAAGGUCCUGGAUCAUCUUCACUAUUGUUAUUCUGAAUUCUUUUCUGGAAUGCUGCCUGUUUCCACUUCAUUUACUUGUUUUUCUGGGGUGUUAUCUUGUUCCUUCAUCUGGUACAUAGCCUGCCUCCUUUUCAUCUUGUCUAUCUUUCUAUGAAUGUGGUUUUUGUUCCAUAGGCUGCAAGACUGUAGUUCUUCUUGCUUCUGCUGUCUGCCCUCUGGUGGAUGAGGCUAUCUAAGAAGCUUGUGCAAGUUUCCUGAUGGGAGCAAAUGGUGAUGGGUAGAGCAGGCUGUUGCUCUGGUGGGCAAAGCUCAGUUAAACUUUAAUCUGCUUACCUGCUGAUGGGUGGGGCUGAGUCCCCUCCCUGUUGGUUGUUUGGCCUGAGGUGACCCAACACUGGAGCCUACCCGGGCUCUCUGGUGGUGCUAAUGGAGGACUCUGGGAGGGCUUACGCCAAGGAAUACUUCGCAGAAGUUCUGCUGCCAGUUUCCUUGUCCUCAUGGUGAGAAAGAGCCCCCCCUCCCACCUUGCAGGAGACACCUAACACCAGCAGGUAUUUAUGAGCCUCCAUUUAUUGUACUACUGCAGUGAACCAACCUUGGAUGUGAAAAUUGCCUUUUGUCAGGGAUUCGAUAAACAAGUGGAUGUGUCAUAUAUUGCCAAACAUUACAACAUGAGCAAAAGCAAAGUUGACAACCAGUUCUACAGCGUGGAAGUGGGAGACUCAACCUUCACAGUUCUCAAGCGCUACCAGAAUCUAAAGCCUAUUGGCUCUGGGGCUCAGGGAAUAGUUUGUGCUGCGUAUGAUGCUGCUCUUGACAGAAAUGUGGCCAUUAAGAAGCUCAGCAGACCCUUUCAGAACCAAACGCAUGCCAAGAGAGCUUACCGGGAGCUGGUCCUCAUGAAGUGUGUGAACCAUAAAAAUAUUAUUAGUUUAUUAAAUGUCUUCACACCCCAGAAAACGCUGGAGGAGUUCCAAGAUGUUUACUUAGUAAUGGAACUGAUGGAUGCCAACUUGUGUCAGGUGAUUCAGAUGGAGUUAGACCACGAGCGAAUGUCUUACCUGCUAUACCAAAUGUUGUGUGGCAUCAAGCACCUUCACUCUGCUGGAAUUAUUCACAGGGACUUGAAACCAAGUAACAUUGUAGUCAAGUCUGAUUGUACAUUGAAAAUCCUAGACUUUGGACUGGCCAGGACAGCAGGCACAAGCUUCAUGAUGACUCCUUAUGUGGUGACACGUUAUUACAGGGCCCCCGAGGUUAUUCUGGGAAUGGGCUACAAGGAGAACGUGGAUAUAUGGUCUGUGGGAUGCAUUAUGGGAGAAAUGGUUCGCCACAAAAUCCUCUUUCCAGGAAGGGACUAUAUUGACCAGUGGAACAAGGUAAUUGAGCAACUAGGAACACCAUGCCCAGAAUUCAUGAAGAAAUUGCAACCCACAGUAAGAAACUAUGUGGAGAAUCGGCCCAAGUAUGCAGGACUCACCUUCCCCAAGCUCUUUCCAGAUUCCCUCUUCCCAGCGGACUCUGAGCACAAUAAACUCAAAGCCAGCCAAGCCAGGGACUUGUUGUCAAAGAUGCUAGUGAUUGACCCAGCAAAAAGGAUAUCAGUGGACGACGCCUUACAGCAUCCGUACAUCAAUGUGUGGUAUGAUCCUGCCGAAGUGGAGGCGCCCCCACCCCAGAUAUACGACAAACAGCUGGAUGAAAGAGAACACACCAUUGAAGAAUGGAAAGAACUUAUUUACAAGGAAGUCAUGAAUUCAGAAGAAAAGACUAAGAAUGGUGUUGUGAAAGGACAGCCUUCUCCUUCAGGUGCAGCAGUGAACACCAGUGAGAGUCUCCCUCCAUCCUCGUCUGUCAACGAUAUCUCCUCCAUGUCCACCGACCAGACCCUGGCAUCUGACACUGACAGCAGCCUGGAAGCCUCGGCAGGACCCCUGGGUUGUUGCAGGUGACUAGCCGCCUGCCUGCGAAACCCAGCGUUCUUCAGGAGAUGAUGUGAUGGAACACACACACACAGACACUCACGCACACACACAAACACAGACAUGCAACGACAAGAAAACAGCAAGGGAGAGAAUCCAAGCCUAAAAUUGAAACAAAUCUUUCAGCCUGCUUCUUCUCCAGAGUUCUGUAUUGCAGCUAAGCCAAAUGUAUAUUUAACUUCUAGUUGCUCUUGCUUUGGUCUUCUUCUAACGAUGCUUACUACAGAAAGCAAAUCAAACACAAUUAGAGAAGCCUUUUCCAUAAAGUGUAAUUUUAAUGGCUGCAGAACCAGCGACCUAUAACUGCCCUUUCAAAUGGCAUGACAAGGUGUGCAGUGGUCCCAUCCAGCAUGUGUGUGUCUCUAUCUUGCAUCUACCUGCUCCUUUUGGCCUAGUCAGAUGGAUGUAGAUACAGAUCCGCAUGUGUCUGUAUUCAUACAGCAUACUUACUUAGAGAUGCUACUGUCCGUGUCCUCAGGGCUCUACCAAGACAUCAUGCACUGGGGUACCACAUGGUCCAUUUCAUGUGAUCUAUUACUCUGACAUAAACCCAUCUGUAAUAUAUUGCCAGUAUAUAAGCUAUUUAGUUUGUUAAUUGAUUAAGCUGUAUGUCUUACAAGAAAACAUGUAAAGGGGGGAACAUGGGGGGAGUGAGCUCUCUUGGACCCUUGAAGAUGUAGCUUCCAAAUUUGAACUGAUUAAAUGGCACCUGUAUACCAAUUUCUAGAAAGAACAUAUGUGAUGCUUAUGUACAGUGUGGGGUGGGAGGGGGUAACAGUUUCCAGGUGCUAAAUGUGUUUUGACCUUUAGAAGGAAGGCAGGAAUAAAGGCUGAGGGUCUUUUCUCUGAUAGAGAGUGGUGGGGCAGUGCGGAGGAAGGCCUGAAAGAGAUUAUUAGCCAGAUACUAGGAGACACCGACAUUCAUAUUUUAGAAAGGAGACCCCAUUUGCUGUUUACAAAUUAUGUGUCACAACUGUCAGGUGAAGAGGCAGGGUUAGUGUGUACAUAUCUGAUGGUAAGAACCCUUCCCUGAAACAGAGUGGAAUUGCUUCCGUACGGUAUUCCUAACAGAAAAUGAGCCUACAUAGGCUAUUUUCAGAUUGUAGGUUGUGUUUUCCAUGAGUGUGCUACUUUCCAGGUUUAUACCUUGCCAAGGUCUUAUUUAGAGAAGAAAUAUUACUGCCCUCUUCUAGAAUUAAAAAAAGAAAUUACUUAAAAAAUACCCAAAGCCCAGGGUGAUCCUCAGGUUAGCCUUUGAAAACAUUUCCACAGACAUUCCUCAGGGGUUUCCGCGACUCCUUAAUAUGGCUGAUGUUUCAUGUUUAUUUGUUUAUUUCAUACAUUUCAACAAUCCAAGAAGGGCUGAUCAUCUGAGUUUUGUACCGCAGGUGACAUGACAGCAAUAACUCUGCCCAUAAGUUACUGCUGCUAAGUAGCUUUAGCAAUAGAGUGUCUUAAAAGCCAUGAAGCAUUUAUGUCAAUGUUUAGCAAAAUCUCCUGAAUUUAGCUCAAAUUAAAUGAAAGUGCUUUCCUGGGCACUUAAGGAGGCACUGUGAAACAUCCUGGUUCUAUACAAGGCGAUACCAGGGUGACUUCUCAGCAAUAAUAGGGACCAGGUCGAGGCUUCUCUUCUUAUUCACUUUGGUGAAGUAUUCAUCACAGCUCUUUGCACUCUGACCAUUGUGGUGCUCACCAGUGCGGUGGUAUUUCACCUGAAGAAGAAGUGAAACGCAUGGGAUGGGUGGUUGAUAUGUGUGAGAUGACUGGCAAAUGGAAUCCCUUUGAAAACAGAGCAGACAAGAAUGCCAGUGCUCUGAAAACUGCCUUAAACACAACAGUAGGAAAGCUGUGUCUCUUUUCAAGCAAUAGAGUCAACCCUGACCAUCGCUAUGGGAGCAAUGCUGCCAUUUAUGGUAUUGCUUCACACAGUAGGAUUCAUGACAAGAGGUCAUUUGUUUCAAAUGGAGAGAAAAAACGUUAGACUGUGCCGCUUGUCUCCUGGAAUAGCAGGGGCCCAGUUUCUCUGUCUUGCUGCCAGAGUUUUUGGUUAAUAUUGCAGACAACCUGAUUUUAAAAAUGCUUCCCCAAUCACAUGAGCUUUCUCACUUUUCUUUCUGUCACACUCCCCCAACCCCCUCCCCCCUUUUUAAAGCUUCUCUUCUCUGUAUUCCCUUUUCUUUGCUUAUCUUCUUUCUCCAUGCUCUUCUCUUGCUAUACCUGUGGCCUUUCCACUCCCGGCUCUUUAACCACACAGGAUUGAGUGCAGAGAGCAGGCAGCUGUUGAAAGAGAGUCACAAGGGAAAUUUCAUCAGCCACAAAAUGACAUCAGAAAACAGAAGAAAAUCUCCAGCCAGCAUCUUAGAACUGCUUGACAGUUAGACUCUCUCAUGUCUGUGGAAGUGAUUUUUUUUUUCAAUCAGAUGAAACCAGGCAAGAACUAGCCAAUGCCCCUCCCCUGCUAUUGCCACCUUCCCUAAACUCUACUAGUCUGAUCUCUCCUGUUGUAUGGCUCUUGGGGGCUGAUUCCCUUUAGCCAGAACUCCCUAUGGGCAAGAAAAAAUGAAACAAAUCUUUCAUAGUGAAAUAUCAUGUACAAAUUGAGCUAAGGGUUAGCUUCUUGACUGCUUAUAGAAUUAAUUUUCCUAGGUUGUCAAAGCAAGACAGGUGAUGGGCCAACACAGAGAAUAAUCAUUUCAAAAGCCCGCUGGUCCUUCACAAUCUUGGGUCCAUUUUAUUAUAGUAUCUUCAGGAGGUGAUUAUGUUAUUACCAAAUUCAGAGAAUAUACUAUGUUCUGCACUGAGUCUUCUUUUCUUAAAAAAAACCAAAUGUUUCCUGUAUAGUCACCUAUUACUUCCAAAGGACUCUCUUGCUUUUCAGGCAGGGAAGUGUCAAGUCACCUGGUCUAUAUUCUUGGAAAAAGUGAAGGUCCUGCCUGUAGUUGGGGGCUUCCUUUCAGAAUGUGAAAUUGGCACACUGAGAGGCCUAACCUGUCACUUCCUAUAGGGCAAGUAGUUUCACAGCAAUCCUUAACGAAGUGUUUUAUAGUAUUUUGUAGGAGGGAUAGCUGUAUGCCUAUGUGCAGGAGGAACUAGAUUGUUGGGAGAUCUUGGCAAAACCACCACUACCAGUUUGAUUUUUUUAUAUGUAUUUUGUGGACCAAUGUGUUAAAAAGAGACACAUUGGCCUUACAACCAAAUUUCUUCUUGUGGAAUAAAAACUGAUAAUCUUGCAUCUUCAAGAAUCUGAUGACUGAGCUUUGAGGGAAUGUACCCCACAGGUGGACCAGAGUCUGGUCAGUUCCCUCCAAUUGGAGUAAACUAUUUAAUUGAAGGCCAAGGAGCUGGAUAGUUUUUUUCUCAAUCUUUUAUCAUUAUCAGAAAAUUAUUACCUGUGGAUACUGAUAUCAGCUGACUGAUAAAUCCGAAAAUAGGCCUUGACAAAUGGAAUAAAUAGAAUAGGUGAGAUUACAUAAAUCCUUUUAUGACCUGCCAGGGGAAAAAAGAAAACAAUAAGCAAAACAGACUUUUAAAUUUUAACUAGUCACUGCAAAAUCUAAAUUCUGCAAAGUCUAUUUCUAUUUGAUUCUCUUAACAUAUGACAAUCUAAAUCUUAAAAGCAUUAUGCUCUGCACAGAACACGAUCAUCAGCUUUGCUGAAAAAGUUAUCUUCUAUAGCUCAGAGAAAGGGAUCAAGCUGCCCCAGGAAUCUUUGAGCCCACCCACUUUGGGUCUGAGGAGGAAUCCCACCCCCGCCCUACUCACAAUACCCCACA